AUGGCAGCAAUACAGCAGAAGCACGGCAGCAGCACAGCAGAAGCACGGCAGAAGCACAGCAGAAUCAUGGCAGAAACACAGCAGAGCACGGCAACAGCACAGCAGAAGCACGGCAACAGCACAGCAGAAGCACGGCACCACAGCAACACAUCAGAAUCACAGCAGAAGAGAAACACAUCAGAAUCACAGCAACUCACCAAAAGAAAAGCAGCACAGCAAGGUAGAAGAAAUCAUCUCACAACAGAAUCAAAACAGCAAGAAAGUGAUACAGCACACACCUAUGAUGGGGCGUGUCCUUCCUUGAAACGUUUGAAGGAAAAUGAGAAUUUAGAUCUUCACCACAGCCUCCGUUCUUCAGCAAGUGAGGAACACAGAGCUGAGAAAUAUAGAACUGAGGAACACAGAGCUGAGAAAGAUACAACUGAGGAACACAGAGCUGAGAAAUAUAGAGCUGAGAACACAGAAAUGAGAAAGAUAGAACUGAGGAACACAGAGCUGAGGAAGAAAGAAUUGAAGAACACAGAGGUGAGGAAGAGAGAACUGAGGAACACAGAGUUCAGGAGCAUGGCGCUAAAGAAGAGAGAACUGAGGAAGAGAAAACUGAGGAACACAGAGCUGAGGAACAUAAAGCGAAGGAAGAGAGCAAAGGGUCAUAGGCCACCUGGAACCACAGACCACCAAGGACCACAGACCACCAAGGACCACAGACCACAAGGGACCACAGACCACCAAGGACCACAGACCACUAGGAACCACAGACCACUUGGAACCACAGACCACCAGGGACCACAGACCACCAAGGACCACAGACCACCAAGGACCACAUGCCACCAGGGACCACAGACCACCAAGGACCACAUACCACUAGGGACCACAGACCACCAGGGACCACAGACCACCAAGGACCACAGACCGCCAAGGACCACAUACCUAAAAGGCAAUUAUGUCUAA